AUGAAUGUACCUUUUUUCAGUAGCAAGCCCAUUUCUGCUACACAUGAAUAUCGCAGAUCACAUGUUGGUGGUACUCGACGAGUCUGCAUACAUGCCACCGACACCCUAGAGUACCGCACCAGCAGUGAGUGCUCUGCAUCCUGUGCCUGUGCAUACCUAUCUAUCCUCACUCUUCGUCUGGUCUUCCCCGAGUCGCUGGACAAAGACUUCUUCGCUGAAAAGAAACCCCCACACCCAAGCGCGAGCGGCGGCGGAUAUCAGCUAGUCGGGUCGUUAGCAGUGGCCAUGGGCAGAUACGGUACCCCACUUUGCCCGCCCACUUCUGCACCCAGUGACAACCCCGUCAUGCCUCAUCUUAGCCCAGCUUGUCGCGCUUGCUUCGUAUCGGGCUUGGACGACCCAUUCGUCGCGCAUUGCUCGGCCGGCGGAGAGAGAGCUUCUGGGAGAGGCGCGUGCAGCACAUCUCGACUUCUUUCCACCCGCCUCGGCUCACCAACGUCAGCGCGCGUCCUGGGCUCACAGACACCCAGCGUCGCCUUUGAGAUUUGCAUUCGAGUCUCGUUACUUCUGCAACUCUCAAUACUGCUCAAGGACACCAGGUUGUUCCCAGAACGAGUCCCGGAAGCCGACAAACCGCACACUUGCACUUUGCAACAACUACCACUUUCCUCCCAGGUUACACCAAAACCUUUGGUUCCUCUUGCCACGGUGGAGAUCUUCCAAUCCACACCUCGCACGGGAAUCCAUGGCAACAUGCCACCCUACCUUUCACCUCUGCACAUAGCCAAGACUACGAUACCGGCCAACUGCGAACCCGCAAACCAAUUUCUCUACCACCUUUCGGCUACCUUCCAUACCUGCGUACCUACCAAUCUCGCCCUCCUCUCUACCCUACUGGGUACAUGCAGCAUUAUUUCCUGGCUCUUCGCCCAGCUCCCGCAAAUAUACAAGAAUCACAAGCUCAAAUCCACAUCUGGCCUCAGCCCAUUCUUCCUCACCGAAUGGCUCCUCGGUGACGUGACGAAUCUCUUGGGCUGCCUCUUUACAGGGCAAGCAUCAUGGCAAAUCAUCAUUGCUACCUACUAUGUCUUCGUCGACUGUUGCCUUUGCGCGCAGUGGAUCUGGUAUGAGAUGUUGCACCAUGGCCGGCCUUUACGUCCGAUCUGGGGUCGAUGGAGUGCAUCUGGAAAUGGUGGUACGGGUUUCCCGGGCUCUGGGAUGUAUCAGGUGCAAGACAGCAUGGCCGUGGGCAACAAAGGCAAGACUGUGAGUCCGCCAAAGACGCCGGAUAACACCAAAGACAAGAGCGACGCAUCGUCGGAGAGUGCAGCACGGAGCGUACCUCGCUCGAGUCCUCUAGGCACGUUCCGCAUUCCAAACUUUGCACGCUCGCCCAAUCCCGUCAAAGAAUCAUGGCAAGAUACGCCCUCGGGAACAUCACCAAACCCCCACGUUCGCCGGGUUGCCACCUCCAGCUCUCCCAUGCCUUCCCCCAAGACCAUCCUCUACAUCACCCUCAUGCUUGCCGUCCUCACCAACCCCUCCCUCGCAGCUCCAGUCUCCCCCUUUGCCCCAGCACCCUUGACCUACCACGUCGCCACCAUCGCCGCCCCACUCCCAGAUUCGCAUCUCUCAACGCGCGAGAUCCUAGGCAAACUCUUCUCCUGGAUGAGCACCUUUCUCUACCUCGGUUCCCGGCUCCCCCAACUCUACAAGAACCAAAUCCGCCGUUCCACCGCCGGCCUCUCCCCCGCCCUCUUCGCCGCCGCCUUCUUCGGAAACCUCUUUUACUCCACCUCGCUCCUCACCAAUCCCUGCGCCUGGUACGACUUCCAACCCGGCCACGGCCGCGGCUGGGUCGAUACCCACGGCAGCGUCCGCAAAGACUGGGUCCUACGCGCCAUGCCCUUCUUCCUCGGCGCCGCCGGCGUCCUCAUCAUGGACGCCGCCGUCGGCCUACAGUUCCUCCAUUUCCGCAACCUCCCCGACAGCCAGGAAAGCAGAGGCCGCUCCCGCUCCGACGAAAUCAUCAUCACCCUCGACCAACACGGCAAAAUGGUACGCAAGCGCCUUCAUUGGCGCCGCGUCAGCGGCUGGAUGAGGGGCUGGGCACCUGCUGUCAGUGUCGCAGCUACACCCAGUAGCAGUCGUGCGCCCACGCCCUCGCCGCGCAGUGCCAGUGCCGACAGCUCGACGAGCCGCUCGCAUUCGCGCUCAAGACCCGGUUCGAGCGCCAGCGCUGCCAUGGGCAUUCCCAUUAAAUCCAAUGGGAACGCGGGGUCGGCGCUCGAGGAGGCCAGGGCGCUGUUGGGAACAGGCAGGCAUGCUAGUCCGAGGAGUUAUGGGGCUGUGGGGAGUCCGAGGUGA